AUGUCUGAGCCGUCGAUCGCACCGCCGAUGGACUGGUCGACAGCGGACUUGUGCCGACUCGAACACCAGGUCUGUCCCAUCGACGACAUUGUGGCCGCGCGUGUUGUCCAGCGGUCACGCGUUGAGUAUCUGAUCCGUUGGAGUUGCGGUGAUGGCCAGCGGCGGCCCAAACAGUGGUUCCACACGUGGACACAGAGUCAAUACAUAGUAGAUCCAGAGAUUGAACACUUGCUUAAGAGGUAUCCGCCCCAAGACAUCAACCAAUCCGUCAUUAAUGAUAUAAUGUCGUCGACGUCUACACCAAACGGACACCACUUCACCAAUGGAUGCAUUGAAUUAACGGCCGGUGCUAUCGGAGCGACUGUCAAUGUAAUGGUUGGCCACCCGUUGGACACAAUGAAAGUCAAAAUGCAAGCGUUUCCUCAUUUAUACAAGAAUUCAUUCAAUUGUUUCCAACAGAUUGUGGUUAAGGAGGGAUUCGUUAAAGGCCUAUACGUUGGCGUACGACCCGCUCUGAUUGGCGAUAUCCUCGAAAAGUCUGUCCUAUUCUUCGCCUACGAUGUGUGUCAGCAAUGGGUCUCUUAUUUCAGAGGCUCAGACCAAUUGACCACUUUUGAUAAGGCAUUAUCAGGAUUUUAUGCAUCGUUUUUCUCAUGUAUGGCGUGUUCUCCUCCGGAACUAAUAAAAGUCAAAUUACAGGCGUUAAGAGAAACUGGAGUCAACACUAAUAUUAGUUCCGUUCAAAUGACGCGACAGAUACUACGCGAAGAAGGAAUUGUGGGCCUCUAUCGAGGGCUGACAUUAACGCUGAUCCGAGAGAUGCCCGGAUACUUCUUCUACUUCGGUGGCUACGAGUUGGCCAAACAAAUGAUGUCUUCAAACGCACCGCCGUCUCAAUCGCAAGAAUUGGGGUUCGCGAAGACAACGAUCGCCGGCGGCAUCGGUGGCGUGUGUUUCUGGACGUCGAUGUUUCCGUUCGACGUGAUUAAGUCGAGGGUUCAGAUCGGUUCCGGCGCCGUACCGAAGAUGGCCUCUGUUUUUGUGGACAUUGUCCGCACGGAGGGCUUUCGCGGUCUGUACAGCGGUCUGUGGCCAACCCUAUUGCGGGCGUUUCCCACUCACGCCGCGCUCUUUCUCGCCUACGAGUACUCGAAGCAAACGUUGACUACAAUUGCAAACAAAACUUUCGAUGUCAUAUUCAUAAUCGAUGGCCAGAGAGUGCCCGCACUUCGAGACGUGUUGCGCCUCAAGAGCGACGUCUUUAGAGCCAUGUUUUCCGGAGAGUUCACAGAAUCUCAACAGAAAGAGAUCCGCAUCGAAGACAUCACUGUCUCGGCGUUCAAAACGAUGAUUCAAUUCCUAUACACCGAUCGACUCGUGUUGGCCGACGAGCGGGACUUCGGUCUCAUCGGCGACGCUCUCCAGUGCGCCGACAAAUACCGAGCCCUACGGCUGAUGGACGCCAUCGGCCAACACUUGUCCGCCGCGAUGACCGUCCAGAACGUCGAGAGUGUGGCCAAAAUGGCGUUCGGCUAUCAAAUGGAUUCGUUGAUCGAUUCGGUGAAAGAGAUGUUUGACAAACAUUUCGACCAAAUCUUGCGUAAAGAGCAGAAAGUGUUGAACAAAUUGAAUGACACGACAAACAACUUGUGGUUAGAAGUGAUGACCAAGAAUUUGUUGCGAACCCAAGAAUAUUCCGGAAACAAUCGCGUUGUGGUUAAGAGACGAAGAAUUAAUGAUUAUUUCGACUUUUUCAGCAAUGAUUACUAA